AAAGGGUAGAUCCUAGAGAAAAAAUGAGAGAGGCCAGGCGGAGCUGCGGCCAGUAGUGGUGAUGGGGGAGAAAACACUGGAUACUUUGUGACAACCCCCCUCCCUUACCCUCUCCACGCUGGCGCGGCUGGGGCGGGGACCCCUCGCUCUCGGCUCGUCUCUCCCCCGUCCACGCCGGGAUGGAGAGAGAGCGCAGGGGCUCCAGAGGCGCGACUGCAAGCCGCGGCGCCCCCGCUCGCUCGCUCGCUCGUUCUUCCACCUCUUCGUCGCCACCGCCACUCGGCUAAGCUCUCGGAGCGCGCUCGGGCUGCGCAGAGAGCGCCCCGGAAGGAGCAGGAGCCGCGAGGCCGGGGCGAGGGGCGCACGGCCCGGCGGCGGCGGCCGGGGAGCUAGCAGCACUCAAAAAGAGUGAAUGAAAUGUGCAGCUCAGAGUGUCAUUUCUGAAGGGAGGAGUCUUUCUCUUGGAGAAGAGUCCUCAAUGAGCCUGGCCGAGGCCCGGGAUCUGUGUGAAGUGGACUAAGGAUUAAGUAGGAUGUCAACUGAGACAGAACUUCAAGUAGCUGUGAAAACCAGCGCCAAGAAAGACUCCAGAAAGAAAGGUCAGGAUCGCAGUGAAGCCACUUUGAUAAAGAGGUUUAAAGGUGAAGGGGUCCGGUACAAAGCCAAAUUGAUCGGGAUUGAUGAAGUUUCCGCAGCUCGGGGAGACAAGUUAUGUCAAGAUUCCAUGAUGAAACUCAAGGGCGUUGUUGCUGGCGCUCGUUCCAAAGGAGAACACAAACAGAAAAUCUUUUUAACCAUCUCCUUUGGAGGAAUCAAAAUCUUUGAUGAGAAGACAGGGGCCCUUCAGCAUCAUCAUGCUGUUCAUGAAAUAUCCUACAUUGCAAAGGACAUUACAGAUCACCGGGCCUUUGGAUAUGUUUGUGGGAAGGAAGGGAAUCACAGAUUUGUGGCCAUAAAAACAGCCCAGGCGGCUGAACCUGUUAUUCUGGACUUGAGAGAUCUCUUUCAACUCAUUUAUGAAUUGAAGCAAAGAGAAGAAUUAGAAAAAAAGGCACAAAAGGAUAAGCAGUGUGAACAAGCUGUGUACCAGGUUCCCACCAGCCAAAAGAAGGAAGGUGUUUAUGAUGUGCCAAAAAGUCAACCUGUAAGUAACGGCUAUUCGUUUGAGGAUUUUGAAGAACGGUUUGCUGCAGCCACCCCGGCUGUGACCCAAUUAGAACUUUUUGGGGACAUGUCCACACCCCCUGAUAUAACCUCUCCCCCCACUCCUGCAACUCCAGGUGAUGCCUUUAUCCCAUCUUCAUCUCAGACCCUUCCAGCGAGUGCAGAUGUGUUUAGUUCUGUACCUUUCGGCACUGCUGCUGUACCCUCAGGUUACGUUGCAAUGGGCACUGUCCUCCCGUCCUUCUGGGGCCAGCAGCCCCUCGUCCAACAGCAGAUGGUCAUGGGUGCCCAGCCACCAGUCGCUCAGGUGAUGCCAGGGGCUCAGCCCAUCGCAUGGGGCCAGCCAGGUCUCUUCCCUGCCACUCAGCAGCCCUGGCCAACUGUGGCCGGGCAGUUUCCGCCAGCAGCCUUCAUGCCCACACAAACUGUUAUGCCUUUGCCAGCUGCCAUGUUCCAAGGUCCCCUCACCCCCCUUGCCACCGUCCCAGGCACGAGUGACUCCACCAGGUCAAGUCCACAGACCGACAAGCCCAGGCAGAAAAUGGGGAAAGAAACAUUUAAGGAUUUCCAGAUGGCGCAGCCUCCUCCCGUGCCCUCCCGCAAACCCGACCAGCCCUCCCUCACCUGUACCUCAGAGGCCUUCUCCAGUUACUUCAACAAAGUCGGGGUGGCACAGGAUACAGACGACUGUGAUGACUUUGACAUCUCCCAGUUGAAUUUGACCCCUGUGACUUCUACCACACCAUCGACCAACUCACCUCCAACCCCAGCCCCUAGACAGAGCUCUCCAUCCAAAUCAUCUGCAUCCCAUGCCAGUGAUCCUACCACAGAUGACAUUUUUGAAGAGGGCUUUGAAAGUCCCAGCAAAAGCGAAGAGCAAGAAGCUGAGCCGGAGCCUCUCUACGCGCAGAUCAACAGACCUAAGAAAUAGCAUCGAUGCGAGCUCGUGGUGGGUGCUCAAGACUGGCAUGGACAUCAGCAUCACGACAGGCUCUCUUGUAUUCUUUCACCUCAUCCCACAAGAAAUUCAUGAUUGCCCAAUGGAACUCGCUCAGAAGAGGGAACUAAGCGUUUUUGGCAACCAAUGGCAGAUAUCUAUGGCAGCACACAAAAAAAGUAUAGAAAGAUCCACCCAACAUUAAAUCACAAAGCAAGCAAAUGAUUACCCAACAAAUAUUUGAGCCCUCGUAGCUGGGUUUAAGAUGACCCAGUGUGCAAAAUUACUAAUUCCCUUUUUAUUUCUCUACCUGUUGACCACUGUUGAGACACCAAAUUUGGAGUGACAGGCAUCAGAGGAUUACAACAGGGUUGGAACUGACUUCUUUAAGCAAAAGCAAAGGGUCUUCUGUGACCACAGUAUCAUCAUCCAUUUGCCUUUUCACAUAGGAUGAUGUGUUUUUUGUCACUCCAUGGGGCCUGGUCUGCCAUUUUCCCCCCUUUCCUUUGUCACGUUUGAAAAUUAAUAGGUGUACAAAUUUUUGUAUUGCUUUUGACUGUUUUUAGAUAUGGGUGAAGAAAUCUAACUGGGGAGAAAAAAAAGCCUCAAUGAAAUGAAUUAACUUGAAAUUACAAGACAAAUAAGUGGUUGAUUAUUCAUUAUGAUCAAGAAUGUUGCCAAAACAAUUCUUUAGCUAUUCUGCAUCCUGGUGAAGAAAGACAGCUUUCAGUUUGAACCUUCAUUCUGUGAGUAGGAAAAGACAUCAGAUCCCAUUGAUGAGAAAGAUGAAAAAUGCAUCUGAUUUCUUAAGAAGCUCUAAACUCUAAGUACAAUAAAAUGAUAUUUUUUAUUUUUCCGAUAUCUUGCUGCUGUGAUGCUAUGCAGACAAGUGUCUUCUCCACGUGCCAUUUUCAAAGAAAAGUCGUUUGCCAAAUAAUUCUGGUACAAUUCUGGUAAUGUGGUUUUGGAUCUUAAAAACCAACUUUCUAAUGGAACAAUGGUGGCAUAAAUAUUCAGAAUAACAAACUGAUUCUGUGGUCCAAAUGGUUCAUCUCUAUCUCUUUUUGUACAUCAGAAAAUUCAAAUGGGAUUUUUAUUUUAUAACUUGAAAAAAAAAACCUUACCAUUAAACUCUUUAAAUAUUUAAGGGAAAUGGCUUUAAGGAGUUCUAAUGAAAAAAAAUUGUCUUUUUUUUGUAAAUAUAAAUGUUAAUGAAAAUGCUUUUUAAUAAUGCCAUUACACUGUAGAGAAGGUAGCAGAUUGAGUGCAAGGUGUGACAAACUUGAUGGAUGGGGCUCACUUUCCAGAUGUUAUUCUGGAGCAUAUGGUAGGAAGCUGGAGUGCAGGGACAGCUGGCAGGAGCAGUUGGCCAAUCAGCAGCUAGUGAACGGGAAGGGAGCACGUGACUCCAUCAUCUAGCCUUUCCACGAGAGUCCCCACCCUACGUGCAACACAAGAAAAAGACAAUUCACAUUCUGAAGAAUUCAGAUUCGGAAACUCUCCCACCUCCCCACUCCCACCUACCCCCAAUAUAAAUCACUGGACUGUUUGUACGUGAAACAGAAGAGGCUAAGCUUCCUUUUUUUACACUUAUGAGACAAAAAGUGCAGUGUUUGGUUCGUAUGUUUAGCACAUGAUUUUCAUAAAGAAUCUAUAUAUUUUUGCCCUACAGAGAAUUGUUAUACAGGUCAAGUGUGUUUUCCGGAUGUUCCUAUGCAGUUACAGUAUGUUGACAGUGUUUUAACACUAAGAAGAAAACUUUAAAGAUUCAUGUGAUUAAUUGGAUUUGGGGAUAAUUAUUAUUAUUUGGUUUUAAGAUUUGAAAAGUAGAAUCUCCAUUGAUAUGACUGAUUUGAAUAGGCCUGUAUUUGGUUCUUCAUAUCAAUAGAAACUAAAAUGAUUUGAGAGAUUCAUUUGAAAAAUGAUUGUAUACUUGUUCACAAAGAGAAAAGUGAUACAUGAAGGUAAUGGUUAUCAUUUAAAGCCCACAUUUUACACUAUCAAGUCACAGGAGUCUAAUUUUUUUUUCAGUUAGGUAAACUGACCAAAUGUCUAUUCAAGAAUAUAUGUCAAUGUCAUCCUAAUGUGGAAGGUCCGAAGAACCAGAAAAGUGAGAAGGGCCGUUUACCUCCCUCUGUAGUUAUCACCUGUUGGUCCACAGAGUUUCUCGAGAAAUGAGCAAACAUUUUAUGAUUAGGUAACCCUUUCACAUGAAGGGGAAGAUUGGAAAGGUGGAAUGACCGUAAGAGUUGGCUUGAGACCAGUUUGUUUUCUGGGGAUUUGAUAAGAUAGGCAGUUCCCAUGGGAAAUUGCUUAAAUUGCUUUGUUGCCUAUGAUUUGAUUCUAAACAAGUGGUGCUAUCUUCUCCCUCAGUAUGGCUGUCUUGAGUUUGUCUUGCAGUAUCACACCAUUAUACCAAUUCUUUGGGUUGCUUCUGACACAUUCAAAGUGAACUCUGGCUGAUGUUGCUGUUUCAGGUAUACCAUCUGGAGUUAAUUUCCUAGCAGACGGUGAAAGUCCGGGAGAAUUGUCCUCCUUCAUUGAACAUGAUUGAAAAUAUAACUGGCUCUGAACUUCAAGAAGAUGCCCAAGUGAUGCAUUAAAGUGAGGGAAAUAAAGUCAAGAUUUUUCAACUGCCAUCCAUAUUCUCAUUGGCAGAAUUCUGAGUUUUUUUUCCAAGCACUGUUUGGUGAGCCUGGAACAACCAUAUCCUGUCCCAGGAAUACAGUGAAAUUUCCAAGCAAGAGCUGAGGUGCCAAUACCAAAAGACCAUGGGGAGUCUGCACAGUUCUGGUUAGAUCAAUAGAAAAUCCAUGUGUACAACUGUUAAUUCCUCAUCCUCCACUAGCACUAAAUUUGUCACUUUAAAUUUUGAAACCAGGGAAACACCACCUGUCAUUCUGUCCCCAUUCUCCAUAGCUCUUCAAUCUUUACAUGCCGCAAGACUUUUUUGAUAGCUCUUACUCAUCCCAGUGUCUCCUGAAACCCCAUCAUGUAAUGUACUGGGCACCUUCUUUUAAACAAAUGUUUACUCUGUGGGUUUGGUUCAUUUCAAUUUCUGCGUUCUGACACAUAUUUUUUUAAUAAAGAUGAGAAAGAGAAAAUGACUGUUGCAGUACAUUUCUAGACCUACUUUAACUUUACCUCAGAUGACAGUUUGUUAACAUAUAUGGACACAUUAUUUUUAACUUUAUGUACAAUGCAUUCAACAGAACAGCAAAAUUUUUAGAAAUUUUCCAUUAAUUUCUGUAACACACCAUGUAAAACUGUUACAAAUAAACAUGUUUGAGAACAACACCUUAGCCU